AGUAUACCUUGGCGUGUGGAUUUCUCAUGACCUCUCAUGGUCAAAACAAGUACACAUAUAGAAGGAAUGUGCAGAAAUGCCUGCAAGCAGGUUGGUAUAUAAUGUACCGACAGUUCUAUAUGGCCACUCGUCACUAGAAUGUUUAAUAAGACAACUCUACAUCUCACUUGUGAGAUCAAAACUGGAAUAUGCUGCCCCUGUUUGGGAUCCACACCAAAAAACAAAUUCUCACAAAAUAGAAAAAGUACAAAACUUUGCCCUUAAUUAUGCCAGAGGGGCGUUUUGUGGUCAGUGCAAUAUGACUUUUCAGCAGUGCAAUAUGACUUUUCAGCAGUGCAAUAUGCUUCAUAUUGCACUUGGCAACAACAUAGCAACGGGAUAUAAAUCCUCCUAUACAAAUCCCUAUGUAGCACAGAUGUGAUUUACCUUGUGCGGUCAAAGGUUACGCGUGGGCGUUUUUGUGGGCAGUUCUAAAAAUACGAAGUCGGAUGAUUCUGAGAGAAUAGGGCGGCGAGUUGCAUGCCUCUCUGUAUACGCCCUUAAUUGCGCUUAGCGCUUGGUAGUAGUACUCUUGACCUAGGGCUAGGGACUCACUGCACUUCGCUCGCCCAACUAUGUCGCAAGUAUUUUAUCGAACACCCUCUGGUAGGGUGAUACCAAUUGAUGUGGAUGCUGACCAUUUAGUGGAGACAGUGAAAGCUAAGAUCCAUCAUCAAGAAGGUAUCCCACCUGAACACUUCUUUCUGACUUCGAGAUCCAAGUGUCUACGAAAUGAGUCUACUAUCCGUGCUUGUGGCGUGGAGCAUGGAAGCACUGUGGAUGUGCAACUUCGCCUUAGAGGAGGAAUGCAAAUAUUUGUUAAAACCAUGACUGGUAAAACCAUCACUCUCAACGUUAAAGCCUGUGACACAAUCAAAAAUGUCAAGACCAAAAUUAAAAACAAAGAAGGUGUCCCACCUGAUCAGCAGCGCUUGAUAUUUGCUGGAAAACAACUUGAAGAUGGUUGUACAUUGUCCGAUUACAACAUUCAAAAAGAGAGCACACUUCAUCUAGAACUUAGACUCCGCGGAGGAAUGCAAAUAUUUGUUAAGACUUUGUUAGGUCAAUCCAUCACUCUCGAGGUUGAAGCCAGUGACACAAUUGAGAAUGUUAAAUCCAAAAUUCAAGACAAAGUAGGUGUCCCACCUGAUCUACAGCGUUUAAUAUUUGCUGGAAAAGAACUUCAAGAUGGUCGAACAUUAAGUGAUUAUAACAUUCAAAAAGAGAGCACACUUCACCUUCUUUACAAAUUAUGUGGAGAGACAAACAUACAGAUCUAUGCUCAUUUGCCGGAUGGUCGAUCAGUGACUAUUGCUGUCAAGCCCAGUAGCAAGGUAUUGGAAUGUAAAGACUUGGUCAAUAAAGCUGAACGAAAUCAGUUACCAAUUGAGACUCAAGUAAUGAUCUUUCAGGGGAAGAUACUUGCUAAUGAUGAAAAGUUGCAAGAUUGUGGUAUAGACAACGAAAUCACAGUGCAUAUUGUACAAACAAGUGGUCCCAAAAUUGUAUGUGUACAUUACAACAGCGAACGAAUAGAAUUAAAUGUUUACCCAGAAGAUGUUGUACUGGCUUUAAAAGCAAGAAUAUCAGCUGCUGUUUCUGGCAACCCACCUCCCAGUGAGCAGAGACUAAUGUUUAGUGGCCAAGAAAUGGAUGAAACGUAUCAGUUAAAGAGAUAUGGAAUUGAAAUUGAAAGUGAUGAAACUCCUAUUACUUUAUUGGUGCUAAAAAAGCUAUACGUUGAAAGUUCUUCAGGCUUGAGAAAUGAGGUACAAUUCCACCCACAUGACAAAGUGGGUAUCCUAAAAACUUGGAUUGAAAAGUUUUGUCAGCAACGACUCGAACCAAGUAGACAACAACUGUUUUACUGUGCUCCUGAUCGAUGCGAGAUACUUGAAGAUGAACACAUAAUAUCCACCUACAAUCUACCACAAUCACCAAUACUCCAUCUUUGUAACGAUGACUACCUCAAUAGACUAGACAGUAAAUGUCUAAACAAUGUGACAAGGGAGGCCACCUGGAGUGAUGAGGGUAUCCAGAUAAGUUCUUUGGAAGCAAUCCCGCAAGACCAGCAAGUCACUAUAUGCGUUAAUGUCUACAAUCCCUCAAAAUCGUCGUUCAUUUUCCCUCACAGCUACUCUCUUAGUAGUAGUGUUUAUAUGAUAAACGUAGUCAUGACUGAUGCUUCCUUGAUACGUGGAAUACAAGUUUGUUUAACAAAUUACCAGCAGCAAAACAGAGGUAGUAUGCAAGUAUUGCAAGCUUCAUGCAUACCCACACACUGGGAGGCGAAUCGUAGUGCACCUGUGUUCAGUUUCUCACCAGUUGAACCACAAAGGAUCCAAUCUCAAGUAGGAACAUUGACAUUGUGUCUAGACUCUCCACGCUGCUACCUUGUUGUUGCAGAAAUGACGACUCAGCCAACAGAAUCUAUGUUUUCACAAGUGUCAAAGUGGGUCUCUAAGUAUUUGCCACUCAGAAGAAAUCGUCAGCCAUCACCAAGAGCAUCUGGCACUGAGCAGCAACCCCGUCGUGAGGACGAUAACCCUGUAGCCUCACAAUGUCACAAAAGAUCAUUACGAACGUAUGAUGAAACCUCACCGAAAGUGGAUGAUGUCGCUUUGCAAGAACCCCAGAUGGAGAAGUGGCCUACAGCAACUGCAGCACAGUUGAAUCAAGAGUGCUCCGAUGAAGCUCUUCACCAGUUGUCGACUCAGAUAGUUGGAUAUGAAGAAUACAAGCACGUGCUGGGCCUCCGUGAUGCUGAUAUAAACGAAAUCGAUAAAGAUCCGAGAAUCUUCCAUAGUUCCCAAAACAAAUUUUAUGCUGCUCUACUCAAGUGGAAAAAUAAUAGUAUUGAUGUCGACAACCCAUCAAAAUCGACAGCCACUUACAGUCAAUUUGUAGAAAUUGCUAAGAAGUUAAAGGACGGAAAGGCAAUUCGUAAAAUUCAUAUGGCUUGCAUCAAGCAUACAUUAUCAAACGUGACUCUACAAGAGAAAUUCCUCAAAAGCAAUUCAUCUCUCCGUCCUGAUGAGGAAAUUCUCCAAUCGUUUGCUCCCAUCAUUGGCUCUCGUUGGCUGUGUCUUGCUUUUCCCCUCUCCCUCACUUCUGAAGACAUUGCGAGCAUCGAGAGAGAGACAAGAGGAGCAGAGCCAACCAGACAAGCACUCAUCAUGCUGCGUAAGUGGGCAGUCAGGGAGACGGCAACUUAUGGUCAGUUGAGAGACGGACUUCAUACACUCUCAGUGUUUCAUACCUGAGAACGUUAGUAUCAUGCAUGACAGCACAAAUAAAUGUGUAGCUACGUUCAAUUGUUGUUAUAAUAGCUAGCUGUUAUAAUUAUAUAUGUCAGUAUCACUGAACUUUAGAACUCAUGCCUUGCCACUUAAUUAUACUCACCGCACUUUCAAUUUUCUACUAUCAUGCAAUGCUGUAACACCACACCCUUCAAAUUGUUGUUGCCUUAAUUAAUUACCAAACUCUUAGUUUUCUCAAGAAUUGUUAGCACUUAGCACAAAGUUAUCACCAUGCAUUUCUACGUUAUUUAGACCUAUAGUUUUCUCAAGAAUUGUUAGCACUUAGCUCAAAGUUAUCACCAUUUCUGCACGUUAUUUAUAUUUAUAGAUGUAUUAUAAUACAGUGUAUAUGUUUAUCACAAC